UUAAAUCCUUUUCUCCUUCUCUUUCCAUUUCUCCGCCUCUCCGUCUCUUUUCCAGGAGGCAGUUUGGGCUUGUUAUGGGGGUGACCGGAAGGAGAGAGUGACAGAGGAACAGUGAUGCUACUGUUUACAUAACGAGAGACUCACACACACACACACACACACACACACACACACACACACACACACAUGCACACUUACACGCACACAUGCUCAAAUCGCCAGUCCAGGACGUACACACUGGCUUAAACACUUCCACACAUACACACACACACACGUAUUCAAGGGACUCGCUGACUGAGUCACCACACACUUAGAGGCACAGAAUCACUGACUCACACACACACACACACACACACACACACACACACACAGAAGGAAAAGGUUGUUUGCAAGAGUCAGAACUGUUUGUUGUGUGUUUGCUAUGGGCCAAGCUGAGCAGCAGCUGUGUGUGUGAGUGUUGGAUGCAACUGAAGGGUCAACACAGCCGUAACCCUCGCGCUCCUCAAGGCCUCUCCUCCUCCUCCUCCUCUUCUCCCGUCCCAGAUCUCCCAGCUACCCCUAAACACACCAUCAUGUCCACUGUAAGGACCAGAAGAACUCCCUCCCCCUGCUCCCCCGUCCCGUCCUCCUCCUCCUCCUCCUCCACCCCGUUUGGGUUUCUAUCCCUCCUCCUCUCCUUCUGCCUCUCCCUGUCCCUCUAUCCGGCCUCCUCGUCGGCGCAGCAGACUGUGCCUGUGAUCUCCACGGCGCAGGGACGCAUCCGGGGCAUCCUGACCCCGCUGCCCUCAGACCUGCUGGGGCCCGUCAUCCAGUACCUGGGAGUACCGUACGCCAGGCCGCCGACGGGGGACCGGCGCUUCCAGCCCCCCGAGCCUCCCCUGCCCUGGCCAGGAAUACGAAAUGUGACGCAGUUUGCUCCCGUGUGCCCGCAGUCGCUGGAUGAGAGGAGCAUGCUGGGGGAUAUGAUGCCCUCCUGGCUCACGGCUAACCUGGAUAUAGCGGCAACGUACCUCACUCACCAGAGCGAGGAUUGUCUCUACCUCAAUAUCUACGUGCCCACCGAGGAUGACAUCCAUGAGGAGGGGGGUCAGCGUCCGGUGAUGGUCUACGUCCACGGGGGCUCGUACACAGAAGGAACUGGCAACAUGAUGGAUGGCAGCGUGCUGGCCAGCUACGGCAACGUCAUUGUCAUAACCCUCAACUAUCGCCUUGGAGUGCUGGGAUUCCUCAGUACAGGCGAUCAGGCAGCAAAAGGGAACUACGGCCUGCUGGAUCAGAUCCAGGCUCUGCGCUGGGUGAAGGAGAACAUCGCGGCCUUCGGAGGAGACCCCGGCAGGGUCACGGUGUUUGGAUCGGGAGCCGGAGCCUCCUGCGUCAGCCUGCUCACCUUGUCUCACUACUCUGAAGACCUUUUCCACAGAGCCAUCAUCCAGAGUGGCAGCGCUCUAGCCAGCUGGGCGGUGAACUACCAGCCCAGCAAGUACGCCCGGCAGCUGGGGGAGCGGGUGGGCUGCGGCAUCGACGACAGCACCCAACUGGUCACCUGCCUGCAGGGCCGCAGCUACCGCGAGCUGGUGGAGCAGAACAUCACGCCGGCCAAGUAUCACACGGCUUUUGCCCCGGUGAUUGAUGGCGACGUUAUACCUGAUGACCCCCAGAUCCUGAUGGAGCAGGGAGAGUUUCUGAACUACGACGUGAUGCUGGGGGUGAAUCAGGGCGAGGGCGUGAAAUUUGUGGAGGGCAUCGUGGACUCGGAGGACGGAGUCACGGCUGAGGACUUUGACUUUGCGGUGUCAGACUUUGUGGAUAGUUUGUAUGGAUACCCAGAAGGACGAGAUACGCUGAGAGAGAGCAUAAGGUUCAUGUACACGGACUGGGCGGACCGGGACAAUGCAGAGACCAGGAGGAAGACUCUGGUGGCGCUCUUCACAGACCACCAGUGGGUGGCGCCGGCGAUCGCCACCGCUGACCUCCACGCUCAGUACGGAUCCCCGACAUACUUCUACUCCUUCUACCAUCACUGCCAGAGUGACGCCACGCCGCCCUGGGCUGACUCCGCCCACGGUGACGAGGUGCCGUACGUGUUCGGCGUGCCCAUGGUGGGACCAACUGAUCUGUUCAACUGUAACUUCUCCAAGAACGACGUGAUGCUGAGCGCUGUUGUCAUGACUUACUGGACCAACUUUGCCAAGACUGGUGACCCAAACCAGCCGGUUCCUCAAGACACCAAGUUCAUCCACACUAAACCGAACCGCUUUGAAGAAGUGGCGUGGUCCAAGUACACUCCUAAAGAGCAGCUGUACCUCCACAUCGGCCUGAAGCCCCGAGUCAGAGACCACUACCGGGCCACCAAAAUCUCCUUCUGGCUCCAGCUGGUUCCUCACUUGCAUCACGUCAACGAGCUCCUCCAAUCGGUGUCCUCCUUCACGCAUAGCCCCUCCCCCCAGGACGACACUCCUUACUCCUACACCAAGCGUCUGGCCAAAGGUUGGCCUCCUAGUAGUACCCGCCAUCCAGGAUCACAAGCAGGAACUCCCCAGCCGCCGGAGUCUGCUUUGGGUCAAGGUGGAGGGGAGGACGGGGUCCGCGUCCCCAACGAGGACUACUCCACUGAGCUGUCGGUGACGAUCGCGGUGGGAGCGUCGCUGUUGUUCCUCAACAUCCUGGCGUUCGCCGCUCUGCUCUACAAGAAGGACAAGAGGCGUCUGGAGCACCGCCGGCCUCGUCCGCUGCCGCCGCCGAGACGAGACAUCACGCCUGCAGAUGUGGCCGCGCACCUGCAGGGGGAGGGGCUGAUGUCAUUACAGGUGAAGCAGCUGGAGUGUGAUGCAGCUUCAGCAGACGAGAGAAACAACACCCACCACCAUCACACUCUGGACACGCUGGACGCCCUGGACGGUCUGGACACCCAGGACAUCUACAGCACGCUGGACACGGUGCGCCUCACCUGCCCGCCCGACUACACCCUCACCCUGCGCCGCUCCCCCGACGACGUCCCCCUCAUGACCUCUCUGACCCCGGGCUCGCUCCCCGUGACCCCCGGGUCGCACCCCGUGACCCCGGCCACGCCCAUGACCCCCAUGACGCCCGGCUCGGUGGUGGGGAUGAGGAUGGGGCAUCCGCACCAGGGAUACACACACCAUAGCCCGUAUAGUAAUACACACUUGCCACACACACACAUCUCCACGCACACACACUCCACCACGCGUGUAUAACCGCAGCAAGACACACAGGGACAUAAUUACAACACACACACACACACACACACACACACACACGCUAACACACAAACACACACACAAAGAUACGCACACACAUAAAACAAAAGACUUAAAUACCUCUACUAAUUACCCUGCAGGAUUGUUACAGAAGGAGUGACAGAAAGACAUUUUCAGUAACAGGAUGAAAAGACAGACAGCUGUGUGUUGCAUGUCGGGGAACUGAAGACAAACUGGAUCCCGGGAGAUGCAGUUCUAUGCAUCAUUCGCUCGUAACCUUGAACGAGACGAGCCAAGACAUCCAUCAAAUGUCUCGAAAACCUGCUUUGGAUAUUAAAUCUUCUGCUUUUUCUACACCUGAGGAGGAGGAGGAGGAAGAGGAGGAGGAGCGCUGUGGCAAAAGGGUCAGUUAUGGAUCAGUUUACAUCUCCUACUGUACCUGUGCUGCACAGUGAAGCAGUGCUGAGACUGAAACAGAUGCAGAUGCAGAACUGAGCUAGAGACGAAGUACCACACACACACAGACUGCUGAUGUCAACUUGAACAACCUGUGAAAUGUGAAUGUAGCAUUUUUUCCAUUUUAAGAUCAAAGGCCCUAUCUGCCAAGGAUCAAACUAUAAGCUGAGGAGAAAAAUAACAAAAAUUUCAGCGAGAGAUGGAUGUAAAGACAGACAGAGAGGAAGAGGGGAUUUAAAAAACAACAUUAGCUGAAGGAAAAGUUCGUCAGAUGGUGGGAAAGAGAUUAAGAUUUUAUUGAGAGGGAUUUAAACAGCUGUGAGAGCGAGAGAGAAGAAGAAGAAGUGAGAUAGAGUGAUAAGGAAAACACAGGAAUGGAAAGUGUGCCAAGAGACAGAAAUUAACUUCAGAAGAUGAAAGGGCCUCUGAAGUGUUUGUCAGACUUACUGAAGAAUCACUCUAACCAGCUAUGUGUUCAACUCUUGUAAAUAGAAUGGAAAGAUACAGAUGAUAUAUUAUGAUUUAUAGCAUUUACCUGCUCUUGCAUUAAAACAUGACUUAUUUAACCACAUUAUUGCUUUCAUUUCAGAUAUUACUAUAUUAUUGUAUAGGUGUCCUGAAGCAAGGCUGGUUGUCUUUUUAUCUCACCCACUGUAGUAUGUACACAGUACCUUUAUUUAAAGGCUAUAUUUGCUAUGCACAGUCAUUUCAAUAAUUCUUAACUGUGUAAAAACAUCUCGAUACUUGUUUAGUAGUUGAAGUAUAGGACAUUUUCACAACAUCUUGUCUAUUUGUUUGACCAUCGGAUGAUGAGCUAGUACUGUGUAGAUAAUGCAAUAUUGGUUUGAUGAUGGAGCACCAGCCAAAAACCAUGACUCUUAACCCUUUUAGCCUAAUCCCUUCCCGUUUUCCUUCCCCCCUUGUUCCUAUAUUUCUCUCGAAGGCCUUACCCUUUAUCCCUCAACCUUAAUUAAUGUGUCCACAGACAGACAGGUGGCGAUGAUUCAGGGGGUCCCAAGUGACAGUGUGUCCCAAAAAAAAAAGUCAAGAAUAAUUUCUCUUAUUCGUUUGACAGUUUUUACACCUUACCAGGGGCCCCGGUAUUUCUAAAAAAGAGCCCCUGCUUGAACUACCUAAUGCUGACUGAAACCUUGUUAAACUGAGAAUUGUUGAAGCUUAAAAUCUCUCCACAGUGUCACCCACAGUCUGCAGAAAAAACCCCUGAAUCUGUCACCCACGUUUUUAAAAGCCGAGAGUUUGGGUUACUACCUGCCACCAAGUUGUCAAUUGUUCUGAGCCACAUCUGAUUAAUUAGGCGGAGCCCGGGUGGAGCUGAGGAGGGAUGAUCCGCGCGGCUUCGCGUCAUAGUUUGACUUGACAUUGAAGGGAAACACACCUCCAAACAUAACACUUUUUAAGCCUUAAUAUCCUCUUAACCGAGACAUAUUUUCUUCAAACUUCUCACAAGACAUGCCUAAAAGAAGUGAAAUUAAAUAUUAAAGGGAGCAUAUUAUAAAAGCUCACUUUUUUCCAGUGCUUGUGUUCAUAUAUUUGGGUAUCUGGAGUAUCAUCCAACCCAUAAACACUGAAAUAAGUCAAACUUGUCAGUUUUCUGUGGGUUGCCUAGAUCAGAAUACCCAAUAGUACGGCUCUUGUAGACUUUUAAGACAUUAUCAGACAGAAUGGAUCAAAUUCUGAUAAAAUAAGGGUUUG